CGGCCCGGCCAUCUUGUGGGAAGAGCUGAAGCAGGCGCUCUUGGCUCGGCGCGGCCCGCUGCAAUCCGUGGAGGAACGCGCCGCCGAGCCACCAUCAUGCCUGGGCACUUACAAGAAGGCUUCGGCUGCGUGGUCACCAACCGAUUCGACCAGUUAUUUGACGACGAAUCGGACCCCUUCGAGGUGUUGAAGGCAGCAGAGAACAAGAAAAAAGAAGCCGGCGGGGGCGGCGUUGGGGGCCCUGGGGCCAAGAGCGCAGCUCAGGCCGCAGCCCAGACAAACUCCAACGCGGCGGGCAAACAGCUGCGUAAAGAGUCCCAGAAAGACCGCAAGAACCCGCUGCCCCCCAACGUCGGCGUGGUUGACAAGAAGGAGGAGACGCAGCCGCCCGUGGCGCUUAAGAAAGAAGGAAUAAGACGCGUUGGAAGAAGACCUGAUCAGCAACUUCAGGGUGAAGGGAAGAUAAUUGAUAGGAGACCAGAAAGGCGACCACCUCGUGAACGACGAUUUGAAAAACCACUUGAAGAAAAGGGUGAAGGAGGAGAAUUUUCAGUUGAUAGACCGAUUAUUGACCGGCCUAUCCGAGGCCGUGGUGGUCUUGGAAGAGGUCGAGGAGGUCGUGGACGAGGAAUGGGCCGGGGAGAUGGCUUUGAUUCUCGUGGCAAACGUGAAUUUGAUAGGCAUAGUGGAAGUGAUAGAUCUUCUUUUUCACAUUACAGUGGCCUGAAGCAUGAGGACAAGCGUGGAGGUAGCGGAUCUCACAACUGGGGAACUGUCAAAGAUGAAUUAACAGAGUCCCCCAAAUACAUUCAGAAACCAAUAUCUUAUAAUUGCAGUGACUUGGAGCAAUCAAAUGUGACUGAGGAAACACCUGAAGGUGAAGAACAUCCAGUUGCGGACACUGAAAAUAAGGAGAAUGAAGUUGAAGAAGUAAAGGAAGAAGGCCCAAAAGAAAUGACUUUGGAUGAAUGGAAGGCUAUUCAAAAUAAGGACCGGGCAAAAGUAGAAUUUAAUAUCCGAAAACCAAAUGAAGGUGCUGAUGGGCAGUGGAAGAAGGGAUUUGUUCUUCAUAAGUCAAAGAGUGAAGAGGCUCAUGCUGAAGACUCGGUUAUGGAUCACCAUUUCCGGAAGCCAGCAAAUGAUAUAACGUCUCAGCUGGAGAUCAAUUUUGGAGACCUUGGCCGCCCAGGACGUGGUGGCAGGGGAGGACGAGGUGGCCGUGGGCGUGGUGGACGUCCAAACCGUGGCAUCAGGACUGACAAGUCAAGUGCUUCUGCUCCUGAUGUGGAUGACCCAGAGGCAUUCCCAGCUCUGGCUUAACUGGAUGCCAUAAGACAACCCUGGUUCCUUGUGGACCCUCCUCUUUGAGGCUUGCAUGCUUAAGGAUCCCAAACGACUAAGAAAUUUAAAAAAAAAAAAAAAAAAAAAAAAAGACUGUCAUUCAUACCAUUCACACCUAAAGACUGAAUUUUAUCUGUUUUGAAAAUGAACUUCUCCUGCUACACAGAAGUAACAAUAUGGUAGUCAGUUUUGUAUUUAGGAAAUGUAUUGGUAGCGGGGAUGUUUUCAUAAUUUUCAGAGAUUAUGCAUUCUUCAUGAAUACUUUUGUAUUGCUGCUUGCAAAUAUGCAUUUCCAAACUUGAAAUAUAGGUGUGAACAGUGUGUACCAGUUUAAAGCUUUCACUUCAUUUGUGUUUUUUAAUUAAGGAUUUAGAUGUUCCCCCUAUUACAAACUGGUUUUAAAUAUUGGACAUAAUAGCAGUUUUAAUACCUGCUUUGCAUUUUCACACAUGGUCAACUGAGACAUGUAAACUUUGAUUGUCAAAUUUUAUGCUGUGUGGAAUACUAACUACUUUAUGUAUUUUAACUUAGUUUUAAUAUUUUCAUUUCUGGGGAUAAGGUCUUUUUUCACUUCUCAUGAUAGCUGUUAUAUAUGCUAGAUCUUUAUAUACAAAAAUAUCCGUACUUGAACAAAUUCAAAGCACAUUGGUUUAUUAACCCUUGCUCCUGCAUGGUUCAUUAGGUUCAAUUUAUAAUUGAUUCACAAUUUUAAUUACAUUUAUUUUUAAAAUAUGUCACUUUCCUGUUUUAAAAACCAAUCUAGACACCUUACUGGUGAAAGUUGUUUAAGCUACUUAUUGUUGAUAGACACAUACUGUCAAGUGAAGUAGUUUUAUGGGUGUUGGGUUUUUCCUCCUCCAGUAGGGUGGGUGGAACAAGUUAAUUUGGCUAAUGCGUAAUAUUUAAACUGCUCUGUAAAGUAAGUGGCCGCUCAGUAUGAUUUGUAUGUGUGAAAGGUCCCAAAUCAAAAUUGUACAUCCAUAAUCAACCCUUCAACCCUUGUUCUAAAGAAACCAAAGGGCACUGGUUAGUAUGGUAAGUGGGGGGGGUAUGUUAAUUUUUGGAAUUUGGAAAGCAGACAGCUUUACUUUAUAAGGUUGGAACAGCAGCACCAUCCAUGAAAUACAAACCAAAAAUUUUACUGUUUCUGAAUUUCCUAUAUUGCUAUUCAUUUUGGUCUUAAGUUGAUAGAUUCCACAGAAAGUGAUAAGUAUCUUUUACCUCUUCCUCCCUUAGAGAAUUAGGUUAAUAAUGGAUUUCUUGAUCGAGAGCAUCACCAUUGACGAAAACAUACAUGGAGAGAAUAAUCAAACAGGCUUUCUAGGACCUUUUUUUUUUAAGUCUUCUGCAACAUUUAUUGAUAAACAGGAAAGGGGUUUUAUUUACAGUUUUGAAGAUCUUUUUGUCACUAUUAUUAGUAAUUUUCUAUCUAUGGUAAUGUCCAGUUUUUAAAAUACUUUAUGAUUUAAGACUUUAAAUCAUAAAAUGUCUGUUUAGCUGAUUAGUUCUCCCCUAUACUUCUAAAUGAGAAAUUGUACAGUACAAGAGUUGUUCAUUGGGAUUAGAUUUAUUAACCUAGUUACCUACUAGUUUGACAUCUUAGGAAGGAGGUAAUUGGUUUUUUUUUAAUGAUGGAUAAACUUGUGCUGGUGUUUUGGAUCUUAUGAUGCUGAGCAUGUUCUGCACUGGUGCUAAUGUUUAACAUAAUUUUAUAUUUACAAACAUACCUGCUACCCAGAGGCAAGUAUUAAUUUAGUCCAUAUGGACUUUUACCCCUCUUGAGAUUGCAACAUACACACUCCUAAACACACUCAUACAUAAGUGUGUUUAGACUUAGAAGUAUCUUAACUCAUUUCUGGACAUGAAUGUGUUAUAAACCUCCUGAUUCUAGCAACAUAUAAAAAAACACUGCUAUUAAAAACCCAUCACAAGUUCUAUUCAUUGUCAGCCAUUGCUGGCAUUCUGUCACUAGAGAAUACACAGCAAUAUCUGGUAUGUUGCAAGCUUUCAAGAUAGCUUGGAAUUUAAAAGUUGGUCCAUUAGUUGUAUCUGAUGGAUGUAAAUUUGCCUCCUAGUUCACUUUGUGUCAAGAACUAAAACUGUGAACCUAACUUUCUCUUAUUGGUGGGUAAUAACUGAAAAUAAAGAUUUUAUUUUCAUGCUCACUUCUUAAAAGUCAUAAAAACAAUCAAAUAGGAGCCCAUUUAUCGUCAUGUGUUUUCUGACUAUGUGUGCACCCCCAAGGGUAAUGCUCAUAUUUCUUUUUUCCUCCUUAAACUUAGGUUUUGUUUAUGUGGGGUGUUUAUUAAACUAGGCUGUCAACAUUUGGGAGGGAUACCUAUUUUAAUUAUUAUAAUAAGAAAGUUCUUGUAAAAUGAAUUUCAAGGACUGACAAGACAAUUGGCAUUUCUUUUUAGCAAACCAUGUUUUUGAGCGUGAAGGUUAACCAUACUGAAUGUCGGGGGGUCGUUUGUUUUUUGGUGGCUGAUAGAAUGUUCUAAUGAACUUUUAUCUUGAUGCUUUUAAAUGGAAAUAAUGCCAGAGCUUAUAUUUUUUAUUAACAUGUUUCCAGUUUGCAUUGAUGAUUGGGAUGAGGUCUCUCUUUUUAUAAUUAAAUGUUUUGAGACCUGUGCAGAGUUAUGAAAGAUUUUAAUAUGUGUCGCUAGGCACUAUACGUCUAAGUUUACUCAGUUUUAUUUAAAAAGUGGAGGCAGGACAUAUAUCUAGUUGUAAAUACAUUUGGGGCUUGUUGGUGUGGGUGUGGAGGGAGAAUAUUAAGUGUUCAUUUUGAUUGUGUUAUUUUUCGAAUUGCUGUAGAUGGUUGUCCUGAAAUAGAAAAAUUUUGUUAUGCUGUUAGGGAGUUGCAUAGAAAGUCUGAAUACGGUAUAUUGGAUUUUUAAAAUAUAUUUUUAAGAGCACUAGCAUUAUAUGGAAAGAAUCAACAAAUAGUAAAGGGCUAAAUAAAAACUUAGAAAUGUGGAGCUACGAGAACUGGAAUGAUUUUGACUUUAAGGUAAGAUCAUAUCAGGUAUACUAAUGGACAUCUGUAUCCCAACGUUGAAGUAAUUGGUAAAGCAAAUUCUCAGGCUCUCAGAUGCCUGUAGUUCUACUUUGUAAGGAAAAUAAAUAAAUGCUUAGAAAAUAGAUUCUAAUGCAGACAUUUGUAAUUCUGCUGAGAUUAACGUGUAAAUAAAUGUUUAGGGAGUCGGAACACUUACAAGCCACAUCUCCAGGUUCACUGGAGAAAGCCCGGAACGUGAUGACUAGAAUGCUUUACAGUAGUAACAAGGCAGUAAAAUCCCUAGUCAGAUUUUCAGUUCUAGUAAUUAGUGAGAUAAUCUAUAAACAUUGUAAAACUACCAGGUUUUACCAUUGAGCUGUAUGUUAAGUGGCAGCUUUCAGAAAUUUGGGCUCAAUGAUUUUUUGCUCAGCCUGGGUUUACCUAUGACAUGUUCUCUCAGCUUCAGAAUCUUACUUGAUGUAAGUUAGACAAAUAGAGAAGUGAUCGAAAUAAGUCAAGCUGAGAGGAAUGCAUUAGAUCAGUAAUAUGGGGAAAGGUUGUAACCUAAAGGAUAAGCUUAAUUUCAGAAAGUGAUUAGGAUAUAAAUUAUUGAAAUCAUUACUAACAUUGGAAAUGAGUAUCAUUUAAAUAAGUGCUAUGUCUAAGCCAGGGGUCAACAGAUUUCAGCCUGUGGCCUGUUUUUGUAUGGCUCCUGAGCUAAGAAUGGCUUCUACAUUUUAAAAGGAUUAAAAAUUAUUCUAUAAAGAUGUGUGUAGCCCACAAAGCUUAAAACAUCUGGUCCUUUACAGAAAAUGUUUGCUGACCCCUGAUCUAAGCAUCACUCUCAGGUCAACAUAUAAGUUCUUUUUUUUAAAAAAAAAAGUUUACUUCCAGGUACAGAUUAAAUCACCCUACCUCCUGGGAAGUUGUGAAAUUAGAAGUAUUAAAAAACAUUUUUUUUUACCCCUUACCUCUAAUCAGAAUAAGGGCAAGAUACUUGAUAGCUUCUUAGUAAAGAAGAUCUUGUUAUUUAAAAAAUUGUUUAGCUUGCAAAUUCUGAAAGCUGUUAGGAAAGUAUAAAUUUGCUAAAACAGUAUAUUUAGUGCCCGAUUAUAGUUUUUCACAUUUAGUGGCACUUAACCACUUAGUGCUAAGAUAAUUCUGUUGUGCUAAUUUUGACUUUUCCGUAAGAUGACAAUUAUGAGUAUUUUGUAUAGGUAAGAAAACUAAUGUCUCUAACUCCAUAGGUUGACUGGGGUGGGAAUUAAUGGCUUCUGAGGACUGCAUUUCUCAGCUUAACAAGGAGGUUAUCUGGGCAGAAUCUAGCUUUUGUGUCAUUACUUCCGUCUUAAAUAACGGAGUCAGUUGUUCGCUUCUGUCGUACAAAAUAACUGGAAGUCAGUUCGCUUUGAAAUGGAAGGAAAGAAAAGGUGAGAAACGGCCUGUUCAAGUUAGAAAAUAAUUUACCAAAUUACAUUUUUGUUGGAGAUGUUAAUUACAUAGGUAGUGUUAAAUCAGUAACAUUUGUCCCUUUUGUUGCCCAUUGAGGAGGGUAUGACAGUUCUAUUGCACUUGAAUGUGUAUUCUGCCACUUGAAGGUGUACUCUAAGUCUUGUGCUUGGAAAACAUAAAAGAGAUACUUGCUGAUAACUAAUCUGACAAUUCUGGUUCAUAAUGGAUUUUUAAAAACUUUACAGACAGUACCUAAAGUGAUGAGAAUUGCUCUGAACUGAUCUUGCUGUGGCUUUACUCCUUAAAUAGCUGCUUUAGUGUUACUGGUAUGGAAAUGUGAAAAGCAAAGGGCUAGUGAAUAUUUAGGAUUUUGUUAUUUGGAGAACUGAGAAGUUAUUUGGGAAGUAGUUUGUUUGGACAGUAUUGUUUACACUAUAUACAAUACAUAGUAUAAUAUACACUGUAUAUAGUUUACACUGUCACCUUAAUUGCAGUUGUAGUUGAUUUCUCUUACAGAUUUUAGGACCUAGAAAGAGCUUCAAUUUGAAGAAAUGGCACAGGUUUUCAUCUACCUAGAAUGGAGAUUUUGUGUAAAGUGAUGCAGUUGAACUUGGUUCUUGACAUUGCCCAGAAUUUUGUCAGAUUGGAUCUCAAGUUUUUUAUUAGCUGAUGAAUAAUGUCAGAAAUUAUGGGAACUUUUACAUGUUGAAUUCGUUGUUUCACACCUUGGGUGUAAUAAUCUAUAGUGAAAUGUUACUUUGUUUGGCAGCCAUACUGACAAAAGUUAGAUGAGCACAUGUUUAGGCAUUUUGUCAAAGUGCUCAGGGGUUGACUAAACACAUCAAUGAAGAUGGUAGAAUCCUCCCCACCCCCCCCCACACUAUUUCAUAGCUGAAAAUGUGUAGGCUUACAUGACUGGCAAAAUGAACUAAACACAGAAAACCUUUCUGUUUAGAGAUACAGUGGUUUGUCUUUUCUGUGGAAAUUCUGAAUUUCCAGUGAAGCUUCCACAUUUUUUUUUCCCAGUAAAAGAGGAAGACCUUUUCCUAAAAACUACAGAUAAUUUGGUUUCAGCUUGCUCUUGUGUACUUGUUUAUCAAGGCUUCACUUAGGUGCUACAGUUGUAGUAGCUUCUUAAAUAUGCCAUGGAAGACUGGAUUGGAUAAAACUACUUUUCAUGCAGGUGUUCAUUGGUCACUAAUCAUACGAGGAAAAUCAGCAUACCCAGCCACGUAUAUUGUGUGUGCUUCAGACCACUGUGUUUUGUUCAUAACAGUAUCCCUUGAAGAUGAGUGGCACUUUGUCACUGUAUUGACAAAAUCCAGUAGAUGGAAGUGUUCAACAUUGAACAGUUGGAUUGGCCCACCCCCACUCAGCCCCACAUUUUGAGUCAAAUGGUAGAGCUGGAAGUCACGUUGACAGAAAUAGAGAAGUGCUUUGGAGGCUGUAUGAUACCAGGUGAAAAUAUUUGCUUGAAGAACUUAAAUAACCAGCACCUCAAUAACAGCAAAGCAUGGAUGUUCCCCCCACCUUUUUUUUCAGGAUCAUCAGUUUCUUGCUACUUAAGAGUUAUUAAACUUUAAAAAUAACUGCAGAUUUUUAGAGGAAAAAGUUUGAAGAGUAUCUGUAGCUGGAGAAAUUACUGAAUUAUCCUUUCUAGUUAUUUUAUCUAUUUUAAGUAUGUCAAAAGUGGAUGUGUUUUUUUUCUUUUACAUCUAUACAACUGCUCUGAAAGCUAUCCUGCCAUAGACCAGAGGGAGUCUAAAGGGAGUGUUCAUAGUAUGCAAAGGAAUCCAGUCAUGUGCAGUUGUUAAAGUGAAAGGAGAGAAAACUUAGAAAACUAGUAUUUUCUACAGUAUUGUGAAAAGGCAAAUGGUCUUUUAACUCCCUUUGUGAUGGGGUAAAGUAAGAUUUCUGCUUCUAAAUGAACUCUUGUGGCAUCCUAUUUUCACCUUGAGAGAUUUUUUUGUCUAGGGAUGAGGGUCUCCAGGCUCUUCGCUUUGAAUAGCACAGGAAAAACCCUCUAGUUAACACAGGCUACAUUUUCAGCUAAUGUGCAGGAGGAUAUAUAGUUGACAUUUUAGUAAGUGAGUUAGAUUUUGUUUCCUAAAGGAACAAGUGUUUCGUUACUAAUAAUUUCUAUCCAAUUUCAGAAGAAUGUUUUUGCAGUUUUCUGAACUUGCAAAAAUGUUUUAGCUUGUGGGUGUUCUACCUUUCUGGUGAAAAUUCAGGGCCUUUGAAAACAAUUUAGUCUCUGUGAGAAUCUCAUAACAGCUUUUAUAAGUAUUUCAUUGGGUCCAAUUACCUAUGGGUAGCAAAAUAUGUGAAAUUGGAAAAGGGAAGGUAUUGUGGGCCUCACCUGACAUUCUCUUGCCUAGGCAAGGCCCAGGUCUCUUGUGGAAGAAUUCCGUACAGUUGUGGAAAUUGAAAAGUGGCCAGAAUUGAUGUAAAGGAACCCCAAGGUAGCACAUAAUAGGUUUGUAUGUUUCUUGGAGAUUCGGAGCCAAAUUAAGAAUGGUUUUGCCACUUGUAAAUAAAAGAAAGGACGAUUAACAAAAUGUGGAGCCAGUUACCAUAGAAUGAAGGAAAGGCAUUUAUGUUUCAACAGUUCAUACAAGCAACACAGUUGAGUCAAAUGCAGCCCUACUUUCUACUUAAGAAAUAACCAUGUUUGGAAAAAAUCAGGUAAGUUGGAUGGGGUUAUAGUUAUUUUAAUUAAAGAGAGAACACACUGCUCUGGUUACUUUUCUCUUUCUUUGAAAGGCAUAAUGUUUUCAUAGUUUUAAAUACUUACCAAUUUCCUUAAAAUAAUGGACUUUCUCAGGAGUGUUAUUUCCCUUCUGUGGCCUUACACAGUGUGCCUUGUAUUGUAGGAUUUAGAUUAGCUGGGUAGAUAAGUUAGCAAAUUCAGGAGUGCCAGAUUUGUCCUGGUGUCAUGCUUUUUGGGUAGAUUUCUCAAGAACCAAGAAGGCUCUAGAACUUUAGAAGUACAGAGAUGCCAGUUUUUGGUUACCUAGUGACAAUAGCUUCAAAGAUUUUUAUGGACUCACAGUUACAGUCAACUACAGUCAGAACCCUAAUCGAUAUAAAUUUGUUGUGUAGUCACUUGCACAGAAAAGAAUUAAAGUAGUUGAAAAUUAUGCUCUAAAACCAGACCGGUAUCAGGUACUAAUUGUGUGACUUUGGUUAAGUUACUUGUAUCACAGUUUCCUCAUCUCUAUAGUGGAGAUAACACCUACCUUAAACCAGUCAUGGUGAGAACCGUCUUACACCCCUUAAAAACUGCAUGUAUUAAGUACUGUGUUAGAGGUCAUUGAUCAUUAUUAACAAUUACUGUUAGAAUGGGAAUAAGGCAAAAUUUGGCUUUUUAUAUAAACUUUGUAUUUCAAAGA